AUGGCCAUCGGUGCGCGGAGGGCUUUUGCCUCUUCCGCCCGCCGCCUCGUCUCCGCUCGCCUCGUAUCCCCGUUCGCCCCGCGCUUUCCAACUUCCGCAUCACCCCUCGACGCUGCACCGAAUUGCCACCCCCUUCCCUCCGCUGUCCAAUUUUACGCGGAUGGCGCUGUUUCCCCCUCAGGGUGCCGUGCUUACUCCGCCGGGGGGGAAGCGCUGGGGUCGUCGGGCAGCGGGGCGUGGGCGCAGGCAGGGGGGAUGGAGGGGAAAACUGCGGGCGAGGGCGGCGAGCGGAGCGGAUCCGCCACCACCCACUUCGGGUACCGCGCGGUGCGCGAGGAGGAGAAGGCAGAGCUGGUGGGGGGAGUGUUCUCGUCGGUGGCGGACAAGUAUGACGUCAUGAAUGACGUCAUGAGCGGGGGCCUGCACCGCCUGUGGAAGGACAGGCUGGUGCGAGCGCUGCACCCCUUCCCCCACAUGCACCACCUGGACGUGGCUGGCGGCACAGGCGACAUUGCGUUCCGAGUGCUGAGGGCCAUUCGCGAGGCCGAGGCGGAUCCACGGCGCAUGGCGGCGGCUGCAGGCACAGGGAGGAGCAGCGGGGAGGGGUGGGGCGAGGCAGGGAGGGGGGCGCGGGUGAUAGUGUGUGACAUCAAUGCGGACAUGCUGCGCGUGGGGCAGCUCAGGGCGCAGCAGCAAGGUGUGGCAGCACAGAGGCUAAGGGCGAGGAGUCCACCAGCCAUUGCAUGUGCCUCAGCACAGGUCACCCCCUUCUCAUUUUCAUGUGCUCGCGUUCCCCCCUGCCACCACCUUUCCACACCUUAUAUCUUGUGCCUGUGGACCUCCCCUACCCUCUCCACACCACCACAACCCCCUCCCGUCGUCCCAGGCCUGGCAUCAGAUGCGGCGCUGGAGUGGGUGCAGGGCGAUGCGGAGGACAUGAGUGCGGUGCUGCCAGACGGCAGUGUGGACGCUUACUCCAUUGCCUUUGGCAUCCGCAAUGUCACGCGCAUCCACCGCGCCCUCGCAGAGGCCCACAGGGUGCUGCGCAAGGGAGGCCAGUUUGCAUGCCUGGAGCUCAGCCACGUGGAGGACCCUCUCUUCAGGGCACUCUACGACACGUACUCUUUCAAUGUCAUUCCAGCCAUUGGCCAGGCAGUCACUGGGGACAGGGCAUCAUAUCAGUAUCUUGUGGAGAGCAUUCGCAAGUUCCCAACCCAGAGGAAAUUCGCUCACAUGAUGGAGCAAGCAGGAUUCAGAAAUGUGUCAUACGAGAACAUGACAGGCGGUGUUGUGGCACUUUUUACAGGCUUCAAGUUGUAG